GCGAGAGCUACAGAGCGAGGGAGAGCGAGCGAGCCUGAGAUCCAGUCAUUUCUGAGAAGAAAGACGACCUCUGCCAGUAAGAAAGUGGUGUCUACCUGUCUGCCUUUCUUGUCAUGCCUUUGGUGAAUGAACAAGAGGACGCCUGAGAGGGCAGUUUGUCCUGACGGUGGGGUAAAGACAAGAUUUUCCCCGAGUAUAAGCUGCUGUUGUGAACUGCUGCUGCCUCUGCUGCUGCUCUUGCUGCUGCUGCUUCAGUUUCACAUAGCAGGUCUCGGAUACCAAAUUGCAAUUACCAAAUUGCAUUUUAUGACUUUGGGGAGUGAGGAGUUAAGCUGUACCUCUGAGAUUUUGGAUGAUGUGGAAUCACAUCUACAGACAGUGAGGAGUUCAACGUCAACAGCGAAAGGCAGCCCAGGAUGCAUCUCUACCUGGAGGGUGCUGAUUGAAAACUUAGAUUGCCCUCCAAAUAACUGCUGAUUUUGAGCCGGUGCUUCCUUCUGUUGGCUUUGUCAAAAGAGAGGAUUUUCAAUUAAGACUCCUGGUAACACAUGCCACUGGGAUACUGGUAAAGUCAGAAAUCCCCCAGAAAACCCAUGGAAAGUGUACUGGGCCAUAUUGAACUUCAUGAUGUUGUGUACGUGUGCAAGGAGGAGGCACAGUAAGGAGUGGCAAGCUGCACGCACACAUGGAGAAGGUCCCUUUAGAUGGAAUUUAAUGCGGCAGAAACCUUGUCACCAGAAGGAUUAAUGUCUGCAUUAGCAUUUCGGCAAUAAAAAAAAAAUCCGAAGCUAAGUGGUGGAGGCCCACGGACAGCCUCAAACCUGGAUUCUUCAGCUCGACGUUCAGUGUUGGAGUUUUUAAUUAUUUGCUGUAGGGAAACCAUUGCCAAUGCUUACAAGGAACUGCUUAUCCCUGCUUCUCUGGGUCCUGUUCGAUGGAGGUCUCUUAACGCCACUUCAUCCACAAUCACAACAGACUUUAGAAGCUGAAUCAAGGGGAAAUGUUGUCACAUCGCCAGAAAAAAGAAUACCCACCAUGCGGGUCAAACGAGGCUGGGUCUGGAAUCAGUUCUUUGUGCUGGAAGAAUACAUGGGCUCCGAACCCCAGUACGUUGGAAAGCUUCAUUCUGACUUGGACAAGGGAGUGGGAAGUGUUAAGUAUACAUUAUCAGGAGAUGGAGCUGGUACAGUGUUUACCAUUGACGAGACCACAGGGGACAUUCAUGCCAUAAGGAGCCUUGAUCGCGAAGAGAAGCCUUUCUACACCCUACGUGCUCAAGCGGUGGAUGUAGACACAAGGAAGCCACUCGAGCCCGAAUCAGAGUUCAUCAUCAAAGUGCAGGACAUUAAUGAUAAUGAGCCAAAAUUCCUCGAUGGGCCUUACGUUGCCAGUGUCCCCGAAAUGUCUCCAGUAGGGGCAUAUGUGCUGCAGGUCAAAGCAACAGAUGCUGACGACCCAACAUAUGGAAACAGUGCCAGAGUGGUUUACAGUAUUCUUCAGGGACAGCCAUAUUUCUCCAUUGAUCCCAAGACAGGUGUAAUAAGAACAGCCUUGCCAAACAUGGACAGAGAAGUCAAAGAACAGUAUCAAGUUCUCAUUCAAGCCAAGGACAUGGGAGGGCAGCUGGGAGGAUUGGCUGGCACUACGACUGUGAACAUCACUCUCACCGAUGUCAAUGACAAUCCACCAAGAUUUCCCAAGAGUAUCUUCCACUUGAAAGUUCCUGAAUCCUCCCUUGUUGGUUCAGCCAUUGGAAGAAUCAGAGCCGUGGAUCCUGAUUCUGGGCAAAAUGCAGAAAUUGAAUAUACUAUUGUUCCAGGAGAUGGGGGAAAUUUGUUUGAUAUCAGCACAGAUGAGAACACACAAGAAGGGAUCAUCAAAUUGAAAAAGCCAUUAGAUUUUGAAACAAAAAAGGCAUACACUUUUAAAGUAGAGGCCUCAAACGUCCACCUUGAUCAUCGUUUCCAUUCCGUGGGUCCAUUCAAAGAUACUGCUACUGUGAAGAUCAAUGUGUUGGAUGUAGAUGAACCUCCGGUUUUCAGCAAACCUUUUUACACUAUGGAGGUUUAUGAAGAUACUCCAGUCGGGACUAUUAUAGGAGCUGUAACAGCCCAAGACCUUGAUAUUGGCAACAGUGCAGUCAGGUACUUCAUAGACUGGAAGAAUGAUGUGGACAACUACUUUACUAUAGAUGGAAUGGAAGGAACUAUUGCCACAAAUGAAUUACUGGACCGAGAGAGCACUGCACAGUACAAUUUUUCAAUACUUGCAAGUAAAGUUAGUAAUCCACUAUUAACCAGCAAGGUCAAUAUCAUCAUAAAUGUCCUUGAUGUCAAUGAAUUUCCUCCUGAAAUUGCGGUACCCUAUGAGUCUUAUGUGUGUGAAAAUGCAAGGCCAGGACAGGUAAUUCAGCUUGUAGGUGCAGCAGACAAGGAUUUGUCACCUGCUGGACAAAGAUUCUCCUUUCGACUGUCGCCUGAGGUUUCUACAAAGCCAAAUUUUACAGUCCAUGAUUACAGAAACAACACAGCUGGAAUUGUGGCCAGGAGAAGUGGCUACAGCCGUAGGCAACAGGAGCUGUAUUUCCUUCCGAUUGUGAUAGAAGACAGCAGUUAUCCCAUACAAAGCAGUACAAACACAAUGACAAUCCGGGUCUGCAGAUGUGAUUCUGAUGGUACCAUCCUUUCUUGCAAUGUUGAAGCAAUCUUCCUGCCAGUUGGACUCAGCACAGGGGCCUUAAUAGCAAUCUUGCUGUGCAUUGUCAUACUUCUAGUCAUUGUGGUACUGUAUGUAGCGCUGAGACGGCAGAAGAAAAAAGACACCCUCAUGACCUCUAAGGAAGACAUCCGAGACAAUGUCAUCCAUUAUGAUGAUGAAGGAGGUGGAGAAGAGGACACGCAGGCUUUUGACAUUGGGGCCCUGAGGAAUCCAAAAGCAAUUGAAGAGAACAAAAUACGGAGGGACAUAAAGCCAGACACACUCCGCUUAACUCGUUCAAGACCACCUGCCGAGGACAACACAAAUAUCCGAGAUUUCAUAAAUCAAAGGCUGAGAGAAAAUGAUGGGGAUCCCUCAGCACCCCCUUAUGACUCACUAGCGACAUAUGCCUAUGAAGGAAAUGGAUCUGUGGCUGAAUCUCUCAGCUCGAUAGAUUCACUUGCCACAGAGGCAGAUCAGGAUUAUGACUAUCUGAGUGACUGGGGACCACGUUUUAAAGUCUUAGCAGACAUGUUUGGAGAAGAAGAAAGCUAUAAUCCUGAUAAAGUCACUUAGCUGGGUGCAGGGGGGGAGGAAAAGUAAACCCACAACCACUUUUAAAAUAAACAAGCUUUAUAGGACAAGAUUCCUUUGAUUAUAAGAGACAGCUGUUUCCAGCAAGUUCCUAUAUUUAUCAUACUGGCAAUCUUGGUUUACCUAUUUGUCAGGGGAAGGAUCGUCCUUGACUAUCUAUUUUUUUUUUGUUGUUGGUUGGUUUUUAUUUUUUAUUCUUACUUUGGAGUCACACUGAGACAAUCUCAGGCCUAUUAGCUACAAUUUAUUGGUACGACAACAUAGAAAGAAGGAUAGCUUUCUGGCAUCAUGGUGGAAGAGCGGUAGAUUUUUCUUAAUUCCACUGAAGUGCCUAUUGAAACUCUUACCAUUUAAAGUGGAAAUGACUGCUGCAACGGAGCUAAGGAAAACCGACAUAAAUGGAAGGACAUUAACUUUUAUGUCGAGAAGCAAUAGCAACACGCUGACUUCUGAUUCUUUUAAAACAAAACUGAAGAACAAUGGCUGGAAACUUGUCUGUCCAGUGAUUGUAACUCGGUGGGGAUCGUGUUCUGUUUGGUUUUGGUUUUUAACCAAGGAAAUAGAUUGUCUGUCAGGACAUCACAUUUCUUAUGCCUACACUUCACACAGGAAAAAAAAAAUUAAAAAGCUGUUAUUCCAAUUCCAAUUGUAAAGCCCACAGUCUUAAACUGAAAUCAAUGAAUAUUUAAAAUGUUCAUCAAAAUGUUACACUUUUUCAAGAAUUAAAAAAAAUGAGAUGUCAUAGAAGUAUGUAUUUCUUGUUGGGAUGAUACAUUCAUUAUACACUUCUCCCAUUCAGAGGAAGAUUAUGGGUGAGUUUGGUCAGACUGGACUUUUUUAGUAUCCCAGAGAGAGAGAGAGAGAGAGAGAGAGAAUGAAUAUGUUACACUUUUUAUUUCAUGUUUGUACCAGUCUGUUUCAUUUAUUGCAUCUUGCUAAGGUAACAGAUGUAAGCAUCCUCCCAGUAUUAAUGAUCUACAGUAGUUACCUACACUACUGCACCUAUUCAUAGUUUUGAUGGACUAUCUCUAUUUCAGGAGCUCUGACCAUUGGAAAUAAUGUUACUGUGGACAGGGCUUGUCCAUAUUUUCUUGUGAAUCUGAACAAGUUGCAGUCACUACCUGGCAUUGUUUGUGGUGCUGAAAUGAUUGGAUAGAGAUAACCAGGGCACUAG